AUGGUCCUUCGAAUCCGGUUGGCACGCUUCGGCAACAAGCAUCAGCCCUUCUACAACAUUGUUGUUGCGCAAGCCCGAUCCGCCCGUGGCUCCAAGCCCCUCGAGGUCAUCGGCACCUACAAUCCCCUCCCGGCCGCUCGCACCGAUGCAUCGGACGCGGUCUCCGCGCCGCGCGCAUACAAAGAUAUCACUCUUGACAAAGUACGAGCGAAGUACUGGCUCGGUGUGGGAGCGCAGGCCAGUGACCCUGUGUGGAAGUUGUUGAACCUGGCUCGUCUGGUUGAAGAGAAGCCCAAGACCUACAACAAGGCAUGA